AUGGGCUCCGUCACCACUGCAGGAGAGGCUGUGGCGCGGAUUGCGUACCUGGCCAGCGACCUUGUUGUCUCGGUCCAGCAGACGCUGAAGGAUGACUCGGAAUUCUCCAAGCACCUCAACUCCUACAGCGCCGCCAAGGCGCCUGGUGUUGUGAGCAAGGAUCUGCCAGAGAUCCUGUCCGUCAGGCAAAAUGCCGACCCGCUCCUUUCCGUCUUCCAGCCAAUUCGCGCCGGCAAGCUGGUUUCCGUCACGACCACCUCGUCCAUUCUCGUCCAAUCGAUACCCCACCUCUACAAGCUGGCCCAGUAUCCCGUCGUCCUCCAUGUCUCGCUGCAGCCGACCGGAUAUCCCGACUACUCGGACAUCACCUCCAUCAGACAAUCUGGCUUCACCUUCCUUCAGUCCGAGUCGCUGCAGGAGGCCCAGGACAUUGCACUGACGGCGCAUGCGCUAGCCAUCAAGUCGGGCAAGGGUGUGAUCCACUUUUUCGAUUCGGCUGUCGUGUCCAACGCGAAGCCCAUUGCUCAGGAGAGCCGGGACCUCGUGAAACAGGUCCUGGACGUGGAUACUGCUCGCGUUUUCCAGAGCUCUCCCUCGGCUGAGACUUCGCUGUAUGCGGAUGAUGGCCGUGUUGCCACUGUGACGGUGGCCGGCAGCCAAGUCUCGCAGCCGAACGGCGCCCUCGGCGAAAGCCUACAAUUGCCCGAGCCGCAGCCUUCGGGCCGCUCCAGCACCCGCGAGUCCUCGGCUAGCGGCUCGUCCAGGCGCGAGAGCAGCGCCAGCAGCGACAAGAACAGCACGGUUUCUUCGGCAACCACUGUUGAGUCCGUCUCUGCUAAGCCUAUUUCUUCAGAAGAGAUCUACAAGUUCGUCUCUCAGAUCUGGUCUACUAUCAAGGAUGCUACUGGUCGCGAGUAUGAGGCUUUCUCGUAUACCGGCCCGGCCAACGCUGAGGCAGCGGCGUUCAUUUUCGGUUCCGACACUGCCAUGUUCGCUGAGGAGCUGGAUGAGGCGGGUGCCGACUACUCCAACCCCGGUCUGAUUUCCGUCAGAUUGUACAGGCCGUGGCUGGGCGCCCAGCUCGCCGCCGUCAUUCCCAAGUCGAUCAAGAAGAUCGCAGUUCUGGAGCAGGUGCGGAGGAAGACCACCAAGUGGGGCCCGCUUCUUCUGGAUCUCCUUACCUCUCUGAGGACUUCGGGUGGUGCUUCGCCCUUGAUUGUCGGUCACCAGCUCGGCUACAUCGAGGAGUCUACUGUUCGCCAGGCUCUCCGCGGCGUCUUCCAGAACCUCUACUCGGAUUCGCCCAUCCAAAACCUCCAGAUUGGCAAGAUGGAGGGUCCCGAGCCCUCUGCUACUGAGCAGAAGCCCGCCCAGCCCGAGCUGGAGAACGCGUACAUGAAGAUCCUGAACCAGAUCUUCAAGGAGCGUCUUUACAUCGCUAACCAACUCGGAUCGGAGCAUGCGGGCAUCUCUGCGCAGGUUGCUUCCACUCCUGAAUAUGGCUUUGGUUCUCUUGUUGCAAGACUGGAGCACCGCAAGCGUUUCAUUUCCGAAGCUGCCGAGGCUGCAAAGUCCGGUUCGCUCAAGUCCGAGGAUGCGAAGAAGGCCAUUUCUCAGUGGGCGCUGGCUGCUGAGGACGCCGCUAAGGUUGAGGCUGCGGCUGAGGAGGCCAUCUCGAAGCUGACUUCGGAUGCCUCUGAGAGUGCUAACAAGCUUCUGGCUUCCAAGGGCCUUUUCCGUAAGGAGUCUCAGUGGUUGAUUGGUUCCGAUGCCUGGGCCUACGACCUCGGCAACUCCGGUGUUCACCACGUCCUGGCCUCCGGCGAGAACGUUAACAUGCUUAUCAUUGACUCUACCCCCUACUCUGAGCGUGCCGCUGCGGACGCCGCCAGGAGGAAGAAGGACAUUGGUCUCUACGCCAUGAACUUCGGUAACGCCUAUGUUGCGUCCACCGCCGUCUACAGCUCCUACACUCAGGUUCUCCAGGCCAUGAUUGAGGCAGACAAGUUCGACGGUCCCUCCGUUGUGCUUGCCUACUUGCCUUAUUACAAGGAGGAUGAAUCGCCUUUGACUGUCCUCCAGGAGACCAAGAAGGCCGUCGAUAUCGGCUACUGGCCCCUGUACCGCUGGGACCCGUACGGCGAGGAGAAGGGCGAGGAGAACUUCAAGCUUGAUUCCGAGAGGAUCAAGAGGGAAUUGCAGGAAUUCCUGCGCCGUGACAACUACAUGUCGCAGGUGAUGAGGAGGAACCCUCAAUUUGCUGCCAAUCUCUCCCAGUCGUACGGCUCUGAGGUUCGCGAGCUGCAAAAGAGGAAGGCGAAGGAUGCGUACAGCAAGCUUCUCGAAGGUCUUCAGGGCGCGCCCGUUACCAUCCUCUUUGCUUCGGACAACGGCAACGCUGAGAACGUGGCCAAGCGUCUGGGCAACCGCGGCAAGGCCAGAGGCUUGAAGACCAUGGUCAUGGCGAUGGAUGACUACCCGCUCGAGGACAUCAACGCUGAGGAGAACAUUGUCCUGAUCUCUAGUACUGCUGGUCAGGGCGAGUUCCCUCAAAACGGCAGGAACUUCUGGGAGGCAAUCAAGAACUCUACUGAUAUCGAUCUCGCGACCGUCAACUUCGCCGUCUUUGGUCUCGGUGACAGCCACUACUGGCCCCGUAAGGAGGACAAGAUCUACUACAACAAGCCCGCCAAGGAUCUUCACGCCAGACUGCUCACUCUUGGCGGAAAGGUUCUGGUUGACUGUGGCCUUGGUGAUGACCAAGAUCCUGAUGGAUUCAACACCGGAUACAACGACUGGGAGCCCAAGCUGUGGCAGGUUCUUGGCGUCGACAAGGUCGAGGGUCUGCCUGACGAGCCCCCGCCAUUGACCAACGAAGACAUCAAGAUCCAGUCCAACUACCUCCGCGGUACCAUCGUCGAGGGCCUGAAGGACACCAGCACUCUCGCCAUCUCCGCCGCCGAUCAGCAGCUCACCAAGUUCCACGGCACGUACAUGCAGGAUGACCGUGACAUUCGUGAUCAGCGCAAGGCACAGGGUCUUGAGCCUGCUUACUCGUUCAUGAUUCGUUGCCGUCUGCCUGGUGGUGUUGCGACUCCCAAGCAGUGGAUUCAGAUGGACGAGAUUGCCAGCACUCUGGGCAACGAGACCAUGAAGCUGACUACCCGUCAGACCUUCCAGUUCCACGGUGUUGUCAAGAGCAAGCUCAAGCCCGCCAUGCAGGCUAUCAACAGAUCUCUCAUGACGACCAUUGCCGCUUGCGGUGACGUCAACCGUAAUGUCAUGUGCAGCAGUCUGCCAGAGCACAGCGCAUUCCACCGCGAUGUGUACGAGGUCUCGAAGAGGGUCAGCGACCACCUGCUGCCUUCCACGACCGCUUACCAUGAGAUCUGGCUGAAGGAGGACGACGAGAAGACCCAGGUCGCUGGUGACGCCAUUGUUGACCACGAGCCGCUCUACGGACCUACCUAUCUCCCCAGGAAGUUCAAGAUCACGAUUGCCAUUCCUCCUCACAAUGACACUGAUGUCUACGCUCAUGACAUCGGUCUCAUUGCCAUCAAGGGUGCUGAUGGCCGCCUCGAGGGUUUCAACCUUACUGCUGGCGGUGGUAUGGGUGCUACUCACAACAACAAGAAGACCUACCCUCAGACUGGCCGGAUGUUCGGCUUUGUGUCUGUUGAGGACACUCACAUUGCUUGCGAGAAGAUCAUGCUUGUCCAGCGCGACCACGGUGACCGCAAGAACCGCAAGCACGCUCGUCUAAAGUACACGAUCGAUGACAUGGGUGUCGAUGUCUUCAAGGCCAAGGUUGAGGAAUACUGGGGCAACGGCAAGAAGUUCCAGGAGCCUCGUCCUUUCGAGUUCAAGAGCAACGUCGACACUUUCGGCUGGAUAAAGGACGAGAACGGCCUCAACCACUUCACCCUCUUCAUUGAGAACGGUCGUAUUGAGGACACUGCUGACUUCCCCAUGAAGACUGGUCUCGUAGAGGUCGCCAAGGCGCACAAGGGAGAGUUCCGCCUGACUGGUAACCAGCAUCUCAUCCUCUCUGGCGUGCACGACGACGACCUCGACGAGAUGAAGGCUCUGCUGAAGAAGUGGAAGCUGGACAACAUCCAGUUCUCUGGUCUUCGCCUGUCUUCCUCGGCCUGCGUUGCCUUCCCCACUUGCGGUCUCGCCAUGGCUGAGUCCGAGCGUUAUCUCCCCGUGCUUGUUGGCAAGGUUGAGAAGAUCCUCGAGGAGAACGGUCUUCGCCAAGAGAGCGUUGUCAUGCGUAUGACUGGUUGUCCCAACGGUUGCGCCCGCCCUUGGCUUGCCGAAAUUGCCUUCGUCGGCAAGGCUUAUGGCGCGUACAACAUGUACCUGGGUGGUGGCUACCACGGCCAGCGUUUGAACAAGCUCUACCGCUCCUCGAUCAAGGAGGAUGAGAUCCUUGAGAUCCUCCGCCCCAUGAUCAAGCGCUACGCCACCGAGAAGAACGAGGGUGAGCACUUUGGUGACUGGGUCAUCCGUGCUGGCAUUAUCGCUGCUACCACCGAUGGCCGCAACUUCCAUGACAACACCGGUGAAGAGGAAGAAGAGGAUGAGGCAUAG